AUGGACCACACUCAGGGCGAGUUGGUCGAUCUCCUCCAGCAAGAUGGUGCCAUGUUCGAUCUUACCGUUGAUAAUGUCGGCAACGACCAUAGGCUGUUCGAAUCUGCUCAUCUGUAUGCUACAACAGGGGCCAAGUUCAUUCAAGGUCUUGAGCGGAAGCAAGCGAAAUUCCAAAUAUCGGCUGCUGGAUCAAGCGUCGGUUACCUGACCAUAUUGGAGAAUCUGGUCGUCGAGAAAGAGGUCGAGAUUGUUACUGACGAGGAGUCAAAGUUUGGCCUGUCGGAAUUCAGAGCCGCCAAAGACGACGAGUGGGAUGCUCUGACGCUGGACCCAUCAGUACUCCUCAUCCGGGAUCUCGACUUCGUCAACGAGGAUAAUUCCUUCAACAAGGGUCCAUCGGGAUUUCUUUAUGGCCGGGUUGUGAGCGUUUACAAGACUGGAGGGGCUGACGCGGGGAGGCAUAUUCUGCGCGAGCACAUAAGUCACAACAAGCAUUUCGUCCUCCACUUGCAAGUCUUGGAUGAACACGGCGAGGUUGAGUUCUUCAAGAAAGAUCAGAGCACUUGCUACGGCAUUCGGAAAAAUGGCAAGGGCUCCGGAAAACCAGUCUUGAAGAUUGUUCUGGCAUACACUCUCAGACAAGGCCCCGAAGCUUCGGAGCCUAAAUCUCGUUUGCCGGAUUGGGAGAUGUUUGGCAAAGCUGACGGGCUUCUUCGGCGUUGCGAAACGGUGUCAUUGACUGCCAAUCCCACUCUCGACCUUUUUCUCAAAAGGCAGCUGGAGUACAUUCUAUCUGUCUGUAGUAUUCCUGUGUCUGAAGCAGAUCCAGAUGGAAUACCGGCUUAUGCUCUCACGUGCGGUGAUGUUGAUGGUCAUCGAGUAGCAACUGCAGCGAGCUUCUAUGCUUUCCAAUUCCUACUCCUUGGUUUUGAUCACUUCAAAACCUUGCAUUCAGGAUCUGAAAAACCGCCUGCCUGCACCUGUAAUAAUGAUCAGAGGCCUCUACUGCCUUAUGUCUGCAUGAUGAAGAGGCGGAUCGAGGACAUAUGCAAAGGCCAUAUGAAAUGGGUCUUUCAGAGAGCAGCCAAGCCCAAGGGCCUAUUCUGCCCUAAUUAUUGGACCAAUGGUGACGAAAUCGAGGGCUGGGAAACCAAUGAAUGGCUUCCGGGAAAGUCCCUCAUUGACACCCCUUUCCAAUUUAUCAAAGCGGCGGACUUUUACAAGCGUUUCAAAGGGGGCAUGCCAGAAAACCUGCUGAACAAGGCGAGGACUGUGUACAAGAAAUGGAUCAGUCACCUGGGGGAGAUCGAGAAGUCUGGAAAAUACGCGUUCCCCUCCUACAAGGACAGCGACGAUGGGAAACCAACCAAGACAUUCUAUCUCACAGACCAUGCUCUCAUUUGGCAAGCAGCAAGAGCCGCAGAAUCAAUGAGCCUUCACCUUGUGCGUGAGGGUGAUCCUCAGAAUCAAUUUGCAGGAAGAUAUUCGGCAGAUAGGUUGCGGGAAAACAUUGUCAAGAGAUUCACGACUGAGAAUUCUCUUUUGAAACAGAGAAUGAUCGCCGUGAAGCGGAGUCCUACUCAAACCCGAUUUAUGUUCCGCUCAAAAGACGUUGCUCUUUUCCGCGCGAUGGAAGAAGGCUUGUUUGUGCAGGCUGAUAUUCAGUGGACGAAUACCCUUGACAGCCAAAAACAUCAUGAAGGAAAUGACGACACUGACUGGAGUGAUCCGCGAAGAUUCGCUCUAGCUAUUACCAUGGCCCGGCAUGGAACACUCAUCAACUUUCGUACCAGAAUGGAGUUGACCGAGAAAGCGUUAUCAAUUCUACUCAGUACCUCCUCUUCCAACGGACUUUUCACAGGGGAACUCGAUGAACGACAAAGUCCAGUCAUGUACGAGGACGAGAGAGACAGAGACAACUAUUGGACAGUGGUCUUCGAAGUUCCGUACAUUUUGUGGAAAGACUACUGCCCCCUGCCUGGUGGGGAUCUCGACGAUGACAGGAAACGGAUGUCGAAGUCCACAGACAGCUGCCUCAAGCAUAUAUGCUCGUCUAUCGAAAGGAUCUCGAAACAUUUGGGAGAUGUAACAGUUCAUCCGACAGAGACAACGGGGCCAAGAUAUCGUUACGGCUACUGGAUGAAACACAACCUCCCCUUCAACAACGUAAUAGACGACAACAAUGUCGUGGAGUUGCAGGACGAGUGGUUGUACAACGAACCUGAUUUCUUCGUCAACACAAAGGCCAUGGCCAAUGUCGACAUGGAAAACGGAUCAGUUGCCGAUAUCAAUACAGAGACUUCGAAAUCGGCAAAGGUCAUCCUCGCGUACGUUCAACUCAAGAUUGACAUCCAGGAGCGUAGGCCACUCAAGGAGACGCGGCCGUCGUCGUCUUUCAGAGUUGAUUACUACCCGCAGGGCGAGGAGGACUUGUUUGAGGUAGCUGUCAAGUCCCAAAGGAAAGCCCAAGAUGCCAAAAAGAGGCUGUGGGCUUUCAUUUCGACAAAUGCGGAGGAAAAUUCGAGCUGCACCAAGACGUUGUCUCCAAACGAAGAACGUGAACAAAGAGAGAUGGAACAGUUCUUUGACAGACACAAGAGCAGCAGCAACUUUUUCAACGAGGAAACGAUAGCAUCGCUGAACAUUUGGACAACUGAGUUCCAAAUGGCCUUUUACUCUGGUGUUGAGGAAGAAAGUUUUUGGCGUGGAAAUAAACUUGAAAAGAUAGGAAUGGGAUUCCGGUUCGAGGGCGACUUUUUCGACAAAUAUUGGACCUGCCGGUUUGUGGUGGCAAAUCCUCAUUUGCCAGCUAGCAAGUACGAAGUCAAAAGUGACUUGAUCAAGUUGCUGGAGCAAGACCACGACGGAGAUACUCACUACACUUUGGAAAUCAGGACCGGUCCUUGGGAACAACGGAGAGUACUCGAAUUGAUAUUGUUCGGACACAUCAUCAGCGAAAUGGCUACGAGCGCGGGCCAUAUCUUGGAAUUGGCUGAAAGCACUGUGCUGGAACAGAAAGCCAAGUUGGAACAAAGGCUUCAAAGGCUCCAAGGGUCUCAAAUGUUCAAGCACGAACAAGGCGGUCCGACCCCAGAUGACGGUGGUCGUAUCGACUACAAUAGCUUCGUCAUCACCAGCAAUGAGUUUCGCAAGUUCCAGGAACGUUUGCAGAUGAUACACGGAGAUUUCGCAAAAGCCAGACCCAUCAGCCACCAUUGGCUUAAUCGAGAGAAGGAUCGUCAAGCCGAACAGCCCCGGUGGACGUUCAGCGACGAGAGUCGCUACAGGUCGACCCUGAACAAGUUGCUUGUCGUAAACCAGCGGGCUAUCCAAGAUCUGGAUCGCAACCUCAAGGGAAUUUCUAUCCUUGCAGAGUCAAUUACGAAAGAGCUCGAGUACGUUAGCAGCGGUCUCGAGAGUAUCUCGAAUGAAGAAAGCCGACAGAACAAUAAGGAUGUCAAGAUUUUCACAUACACAACUGCCAUAUUCUUGCCUCUGGGGUUUGCGACAGGCAUGUUCAGCAUGAGCGGGACGCCUGAUGCACAAACUGUCGGUGGAAUGUUUGGACUAUUUAUUGGAGUAUUCAUCCUGGGUCUAUUGAUAAUUCUUUCUGUCGCAAAGGUUAAUGCCAAGUAUGGAAACAGCCGGCAAAUUCGGGAGAAGCUGAUGAGGUGGGGGCGGCAGAAGAUCGAUAGGCCGUCCCUUUUGGGUACAUUGAUAAUUCUCAUUCUCAUUGUCGGAAAGGUCAACGCCAAAGAGCUGACCAGGCGGGGGCGGCAAAAGAUCAACGGGGCGUCUCUUGGGCGUGGACGUGAAGCAAGUGCGGAAGGAAAAUCAACCGAAGAAACGAACGCUGAACGCAAGGAAGAUGUUACGGAUAAAGGACCGCGGCGAAGGUUUUGCGGCUUGAAAUUAUACAGGAAGGAAAAGGACGAUGCUUUGGCAAAACACAGAGAAGGGCAAGUGUAA